UUAGCUCGGAGGAAGAUAGCGGACGAGCGGUCGAAGAAAUUACUGAUGUAUUUAUGAAAAAAUCCUCGCAAAGUUGUUCAGGAACGAGCUAUUCUGGAGCCUUUCAGGUCCAUAUUUAGGAGAAAAUGAUCCGCUUCAUCCUCAUCCAGAACCGAGCAGGGAAGACACGACUGGCCAAGUGGUACAUGCAGUUUGAUGAUGAUGAGAAACAGAAGUUGAUCGAGGAGGUGCACGCGGUGGUGACUGUCAGAGAUGCCAAGCACACCAACUUUGUGGAGUUCAGAAACUUCAAGAUCAUCUACCGGCGUUAUGCCGGUCUGUACUUCUGUAUUUGUGUAGAUGUGACCGAUAACAACUUGGCAUACCUCGAGGGGAUCCACAACUUCGUCGAGGUGCUGAACGAGUAUUUCCACAACGUGUGUGAGUUGGACCUCGUGUUCAACUUCUACAAGGUGUACACGGUGGUGGACGAGAUGUUCCUGGCUGGAGAGAUCAGGGAGACCAGCCAGACCAAAGUCCUCAAGCAGCUCCUCAUGCUCCAGUCGCUCGAGUAGAAAACCAGACGACCGCGCUUCCUACCCAUUAAUCUGCCGCCCUGGUCCCCCUCCUCUCCCUCUGGAAUCCUUUGUCCUGCCUCCUACGGAGCAGACUCCACUCUUUAAGUAAAACUUCAGGAAUUCAUCUAAGAAAUAGAAAUGCACCGUGUUGUUUACACAUUGGAUGUAUGUGACGGGGAGCUUCCGUUAACCCGUUUGUCAUAGCUGUCGAUAUGUUGCAAUAUUCUGUAUUUGUGAUGCUCCUGUAUUCUCCCCAAGUAUUUAAAGGCUGCACAUUUCAAAAAUGUUAACUCGUCACCACGUUAACGUUUCACACACCGGCCUAAAAAUCGACGUAAUCAUUCGGUUCACUUUUCCGAAGCCAGAGGCCGCAGAAAUGAGUCAUUUCGUAAAGUAAUUAGUCUUUGCAUCUCUCUCUCUCUCUUUUUUUUCUCUCCUCCCUUCAUUCGCCGCAACUUUACAUUUAACGGCACCGCUGUGACAAACAAGCACCAUGUGUGUAAAGAGCGACUCCCCGCGACGGCCAUUUCUAUAGAUCCGUGCGAAGAGCGAGACCUCGCCGGCGUUCGACUCGUUUCAGGAUCACAGGACGCGUAAACGAUAACUAGAGAGUCCUCCGGAGCCGUUGGCCCGGCCCGGCCCGUUCGUAAGUGAAUGGAGUGCACUGAGGACGAGUGCCAUUGUGACUGUAAUGGCAACCUGUGGCUGACGGUGAUGAAGAUGAAGGAGGCUCGGAUGGCGUCGCUCUGCGUGUUUCAUUGCCUUUCAAACGGCGGGGAUGAUUUAAUGCAACACUUUACAUUAAUCGGUGCUUGUUGGUCACACGACGCACUCAGACGGGUAAAAAAAAAAACUGGACGUAGAAAGUACAUUUGACACAGCAGUACUGUGGUCGUUGUGCGCGUGUGUACAUGCAGUGUAUGUUGAGUAUUGUGACGGUAACACACAUGCAUUCCAGAAAGAGUGGUCCUUGUUCACUGUGUUGUCUGAGGAGCAUUUAUCUGUGUCGGAGGCAUAAACCCCUUUUUGCCAUUGCAUACAAAUAAUUUGGCUUUUAAAUUCCUCCUACAAGCCUCAUGAACUUUAACGAAUAUACCCACUUUUAUUCAUUUCACAAUGCUGGACUUUAAUGUUUAUACAAUUACUUGGCAUACUCUAAUUUUUACCGUAUCCUGUCACAAAGGUGGUUGCAAAUGUUACUGUUGUUGAACUUUUGCAUUUUUCAUUUAAAAAAAAUGAUUAGGCACUUGUGAAAUACGUACUGCGUCCCUUUUGUCCACCUGUGUGAGUGAAGAUGUGUGUUUGUAUGUAUUGCUGUCUCCCAAUUUAACUACCUGCAUCAAUACGUCCCAUUAUAUGUAAAUACUCUAAUAAAUAGAUGAAGUGAUACAUGAA